AUGUCCUCCGAGCCACCGCCACUCUACAAGCCUGAGCUGCUCGAGCCGAAGAAGAAGCUCACCCUGCUGCAGCACUGCUACAAGGAGCCAUGGAUUCCGUUCGGAUGCUUGGUCACCGUCGGGGCGCUCUGUACGGGCCUCGCUGGCUUCAUCCAGGGGGACCAGAAGCUGAUGCAGCGGAUGAUGCGCAUGCGUGUCGUAGCGCAGGGGGCGACGGCGGCGAGUCAGCUAUCGGGCGACAAGGAGAGCGUAAAGCUCUCCGGCAAGUAG